GUGGCACGGGAGGGCUGGCCUGACCAGGCAGAGCCUCCCGGGUCAGCUGACCUCUGCGUGGUUCGCGGGGCUGAGCGGGAAGCGGCCACCUCGGGCACAGGAAAGGCACCGGUGGCACCUGGGGUCGCCUGGGCCCUGCCUGCGGAAGAGCAUGGCUGGCCCCUUCCCCUUGAUGACAGUCCCUCCCUCACCGGCCUCCCUGAGCUCCAUACAGUUGCUGUGGGGCAGGGCAGGUCCCUCUUGGGCUCCUGGGAGGGUCCACUCCACCUCAUCCAAAUCCUAGAGUCCCCUUCCUCAUCUUCAGAGCCAGACCCAGCCUUUUUAUUUUAUUUUAUUUUAUUUUUUACUUUUUCUCCACGUUUUAAAAUGGGUGCAUCACAGUUGUCCUAAUGGUGGGAUUUGUCACCCGUCAGCACACCAGCCCGCCUUUCCCACCCUCCAGCCAUCUCCACCCGCUGCCCCUGACUGGCAGGAAAAGGUCCCAGGACCUCGACAUUCACACAGCACUUAACCGCUGGGAAGUGAUCAGCCCGGGCACACUCAGAGCCUUCUCGGUGGGACCAGCCCCGUGUGGGCUGCAGGGCCGGGCACCACUGGGCAGCUCCCACCAGGACCGGGAAGCAGAGGGAGAAAGCAGGGAGCCACAGGCCCACCGUCCACUCCCAGGUGGCCCCCGGGGAAAGGCUCCACCACCUCCCAAUAGUGCCCAGCCGAAGACCAGGCCCCCUACCGGCCUCUGGGGACAUUCCAGACCCUGUGGUCUGGGCCAGGGUGGGGCUGUCUGGCCCUGUGGGCCCUCCGGGCCGUCCACACAUGGAAGGUGGCAGGCUGUGCCCUCAGGCAGACCUCUGUGGGGCUCGGUGCCCAGCCUGACCUUGUGCUUAGGCUCCGUUCCAGCAAGAACCCGCCAGGUGGGUCCAGCCAGGAUCCCCCUGGGCCUCUGACGCCCCCUCCCCCAGCUGGGCCCCCAUGCCCCCCCCUGCUGGGCAGGAGCCCACUGGAAUCUGCUGGAACUAUUCUGCCCUCCUCACUGCCUCCUGCCCCCAACUCCCUCCUGGGCUCUGAACCCCCCUUUUCCCUCUGUUGGGUCUAGGGGUCUCCCCCCUCCCCUCCCUGGCAGCGGUGGCCUGGGGGGGCGCGGGGGUUGACGCCGAGCUGCCCCUGCUCUUCUUCGUUCUGCUUUUUAUUUUGAGCCGGGGUCUGAGAAGCGCUGAGGCUGGCCUCCAGUCCUGGGCAUGGCCCCUGCGCCCGGCCUCGCCUGCUGAAGAAGAGUUGGGCCGGAGGCUCGGGAUCAGCAGGCAUGACCAACGGCGGCAAGACCACUCUGGCCAACGGUCUCCACCGCUCACUGCCCAACUGCUGCGUGAUCCACCAGGAUGACUUCUUUAAGCCCCAAGACCAAAUAGCGGUUGGGGAGGACGGCUUCAAACAGUGGGACGUGCUGGAGUCCCUGGACAUGGAGGCCAUGCUGAGCACCGUGCAGGCCUGGCUGAGCAACCCUCAGAAGUUCGCCCGCGCCCACGGGGUCAGCGUCCAGCCAGGUGCCCCGGACACCCACAUCCUUCUCCUGGAAGGCUUCCUGCUCUACAGCUGCAAGCCCCUGGUGGACUUGUACAGCCGCAGAUACUUCCUGACUGUCCCCUAUGAAGAGUGCAAGUGGAGGAGGAGCACCCGCACCUACGCCGUCCCUGAUCCUCCGGGCCUCUUUGACGGCCACGUGUGGCCCAUGUACCAGAAGUAUAAACGAGAGAUGGAGGCCAACGGCGUGGACGUGGUGUACCUGGACGGCACGAAGCCGCGUGAGGAGCUGCUCCGCGAGGCCCUGGAGGACAUUCAGAACUCGCUCUUGAACCGCGGCUAGGCGCUGCGCGGCCCACAGGAGGCCAGGCCUGCGGAGUCCUGGCGGGGCCGGCGGCCGACCCUCUGGGCGUCUGUACUGGGGGCGUGGUGCGCGCUUCAGGUGGGGCCCGGGUCAGCCUGGCGCCCUCGCCCCAGCCUGAGGAUUAAACCCGUCCUGUUUUGAUAA